AUGGAGCACGGCGGCGAGCGGAGGUACGGCGGCCACGAGCAGGCGCAGAGGGCGCCGGCCAGGCCGAUGCGCGGGACCGUCGCCCUGCCGCCGGCGCCGCCCAAGGUGUACCGGGUGGAGCCCAGGGACUUCCGGGAGCUCGUGCAGCGGCUCACCGGCGCCCGCGCGGCAUCAGCGUCCACGACGGGGCAAGCUGCCGUGGCCGCGCCCGCUCACGCGGCCGCGCCGGCGCAGGCGCACGGGCGCAGGGAGGCCGCCGCGCCGGAGCAGUUCGACUACUCCUCGUGGUUCUCCGCGCCGCUGCUCAGCCCCGCGUCCAUGCCGCCCGGCAUGGACGGCCACCACCACGGCGCUUUACUGUAGACUGUACUAGUAUACUCUUAUAGUUACUUCAGUCGCUGCUCAGCAGCUGUAAAAUGGUCGAGCUAAAUGUUGCAGCUCCAUCGAUCACUUCUUCCCCUCUCUUUUUCUUUUUUUUCUUCUUGCAAGGGAUGACACACGACUAGUAGAUGACAGCGCUUUCGUUCAUGUGAUUAAGUAUACGUUCUGAUGAAUACAAUAAUAAACAAGUCAUUAGUUUGCUCUGGAA